UCUCUGCAAGGUUCCCUCCUCCUUCACCUCCCCCUCCCUGCCCCACACAACACCAAGGAGCUUGCCUUGCUGGGCUCUGGGGCCAUGCUGACAUGCUGACAUCGCCCCCUGAGGACUUGGCUGCAACCUCAGAGCCCCCAGGGUGUCCCGGAGCCCUGGACCGUGCUGGCAGCUGGACGGAGCUCCCUGGCUGAGGGCCAGGUGGGUGGCAGAGCAAAAGAGGAAUGGACUGUGGGCCACCUGCUACCCUCCAGCUCCACCUGACUGGGCCACCUGGCACUGCCCGCUGCCCUGUAGCAGUGUGCCAGCAGGAGAGUCUGUCCUUUGCAGAGCUGCCCGCCCUGAAGCCCCCGAGCCCAGUGUGUCUGGACCUUUUCCCUGUUGCCCCAGAGGAGCUUCGGGCUCCUGGCAGCCGCUGGUCCCUGGGGACCCCUGCCCCUCUCCAAGGGUUGCUAUGGCCAUCAUCCCCAGGAGGCUCAGAUACAGAGAUCACCGGCGGGGGGAUGCAGCCCAGCAGGGCUGGCAACUGGCCACACUGUCCUGGUGCCCAGACCCCGGCUCUGGAGGGACCCUGGAGUCCCCAACAUACACAGCCACAGUGCUGGGCCAGCCACGGCUCGGAAAAGAAGUCGGCCUGGCGCAAGAUGCGGGUGUACCAGCGUGAAGAGGUCCCCGGCUGCCCCGAGGCCCACGCUGUCUUCCUAGAGCCUGGCCAGGUAGUGCAAGAGCAGGCCCUGAGCACAGAGGAGCCCAGGGUGGAGCUGUCUGGGUCCACCCGAGUGAGCCUCGAGGGUCCUGAGCGGAGGCGCUUCUCGGCCUCAGAGCUGAUGACCCGGCUGCACUCUUCUCUGCGCCUGGGGCGGAAUUCAGCAGCCCGGGCACCCAUCUCUGGAUCAGGCACCGGAGUAGCCCGGGAAGGGAAAGCAUCUGGAAUGGAGGCUCGAAGUGUAGAGACGAGCGGGGAUCGGCUGUCGCGGCCAGCCCCUGGUGACUCACGAGAGGGACAUGGCGACUGGUCCGAGCCCAGGCUAGACACACAGGAAGAGCCGCCUUUGGGGUCCAGGAGCACCAACGAGCGGCGCCAGUCUCGAUUCCUCCUUAACUCCGUCCUCUAUCAGAAAUACAGCGACGUGGCCAGCGCCCGCGAACUGCGGCGGCAGCAGCGCGAGAAGGAGGGCCGGGGGGACGAGGCCGAGGGCGCAGAGGAUGGGCCGGGACCGCCGCGCGCCAACCUCUCCCCCAGCAGCUCCUUCCGCGCGCAGCGCUCGGCGCGAGGCUCCACCUUCUCGCUGUGGCAGGAUAUCCCCGACGUACGCGGCAGCGGCGUCCUGGCCACGCUGAGCCUGCGGGAGUGCAAGCUGCAGGAGGCCAAGUUUGAGCUGAUCACGUCCGAGGCCUCCUACAUCCACAGCCUGUCGGUGGCUGUGGGCCACUUCUUAGGCUCUGACGAGCUGAGCGAGUGUCUGCGGGCGCAGGACAAGCAGUGGCUGUUUUCCAAACUGCCCGAGGUCAAGAGCACCAGCGAGAGGUUCCUGCAGGACCUGGAGCAGCGGCUGGAGGCAGAUGUGCUGCGCUUCAGCGUGUGCGACGUGGUGUUGGACCACUGCCCGGCCUUCCGCCGAGUCUACCUGCCCUAUGUCACCAACCAGGCCUACCAGGAGCGCACCUACCAGCGCCUGCUCCUGGAGAACCCCAGGUUCCCUGGCAUCCUGGCUCGCCUGGAGGAGUCUCCCGUGUGCCAGCAUCUGCCCCUUACCUCCUUCCUCAUCCUGCCCUUCCAGAGGAUCACCCGCCUCAAGAUGUUGGUGGAGAACAUCCUGAAGCGGACAGCACAGGGCUCUGACGACGAAGACGUGGCCACCAAGGGCUUCAAUGCGCUCAAGGAGCUGGUGCAGGAGUGCAAUGCUAGCGUACAGUCCAUGAAGAGGACAGAGGAACUCAUCCACCUGAGCAAGAAGAUCCACUCUGAGGGCAAGAUUUUCCCGCUGAUCUCUCAAGCCCGCUGGCUGGUUCGGCAUGGGGAGUUGGUAGAGCUGGCACCACUGCCUGCAGCACCCCCUGCCAAGCUGAAGCUGUCCAGCAAGGCAGUCUACCUCCACCUCUUCAAUGACUGCUUGCUGCUGUCUCGGCGGAAGGAGCUAGGGAAGUUUGCUGUUUUCGUCUAUGCCAAGAUGGCUGAGCUGCAGGUGCGGGACCUGAGCCUGAAGCUGCAGGCUCCCUGGCCAGUGUUCCUCCUCCAGCUCCUCCACGGGCAGCACAUGAAGCACCAGUUCCUGCUGAGGGCCGGACAGAGUGAAAGUGAGAAGCAGCGAUGGAUCUCAGCCUUGUGCCCCUCCAGCCCCCAGGAGGACAAGGAGGUCAUCAGUGAGGGGGAAGGUAGUAGCUCAUCCCUGCUGCUUACAUCCCUGGGCCGGACCCUCGCCCGCUCUCCUCCCCUCCCAUCCUGGGUGCUGUGUUGCUGGCAGGGCUAUGGGGAGAGAGAUCAACUUCUGGGGCAGUCAGGGGUAGCUCUGAGGAACCUCGAAGGCUGGGCAGAACUUACAUAGCACAGGUGGACUCUGUGUCCACAGGCGCAUCCUGGAGAUCACAAAGCCUUCGUAGCCUCCCAUGUCACCCCUGUUUUACAAGUUAGAAGAGAGGUUCAGAGAUAAAUGGACUUGUGUAAGUUCACCCAGCCAGUAAGUAGCAGAGCCGAGACCAGAGCCCGGGUCUGUCUCUAUC